AUGGCUAAUGACGCUAGUGCGGCACUUAAUAAGGGUAUCGACACUAUAGUGAAGGCUACUGAAGAGGACAAGAAAAAGAACUAUGAGGAGGCAUUACGUCUUUAUCAGAUAGGGUGCGAUUACAUGCUUCAUGCCCUCAAAUAUGGGUGUCAUAAUGACAAAUCUCGGGAUAGUAUUAAAACUAAAGUAUGCCAAUAUCUGGAUCGUGCGGAAAAGAUUAAGAACUAUCUUGAGUCAAAUCCGGCUGAGGAAGUAAGAGCCAUUAGUAUUUUAUCUUACUGUAGCACAGAGAGGAAGCCUGUCAAAGCAGAUAAGGAGGAAGACGCCGAAAAAACGAAGUUCCACAACCAACUUAGUGAAGCUAUUGUCAUGGAAAAGCCCAAUGUUAGGUGGGAUGAUGUUGCCGGUCUUGAGGCUGCCAAGGAAGCCCUCAAAGAGGCCGUUAUUCUACCCAUCAAGUUCCCGCAUUUGUUUACCGGAAAGCGAACACCGUGGCAGGGUAUUUUACUCUAUGGCCCACCAGGGACGGGAAAGUCAUACCUUGCUAAGGCCGUUGCCACAGAAGCCAACAAGUCUACCUUCUUCUCAAUUUCUAGCUCUGAUUUGGUGAGCAAGUGGUUGGGUGAAUCGGAAAAGCUUGUGAAAAAUCUCUUCGAGCUGGCUCGUCAACAUCGGCCCAGCAUUGUGUUUAUUGAUGAGGUUGACUCUCUUUGUGGUUCUCGGAGCGAAAAUGAGUCUGAAUCAGCCCGCCGAAUCAAGACGGAGUUUCUCGUACAAAUGCAGGGCGUAGGCACAAAUAACAAAGAUGUACUCGUUUUGGGUGCAACCAAUAUUCCUUGGUGUUUGGACUCGGCUAUCCGUCGACGCUUUGAGAAGCGCAUCUAUAUCCCACUACCAGAGGCCCCAGCUCGUGCCAAGAUGUUCCGCAUGCAUCUCGGCACCACACCACACGAUUUGAAAGAUGCUGACUUCAAGAAGCUUGCAGAUAUGACUGAUGGUUACUCGGGGGCUGACAUCGCAAUCUGCGUUCGCGAGGCUCUCAUGGCACCUAUUCGGAAGGUUCAGACCGCCACCCACUUUAAAAAGGUACGUGGUCCCUCCCCUACGGACAGAUGCGUGGAAGUGGAAGAUCUUUGGACUCCCUGUUCUCCCGGCGACCGGGGUGCCGUGGAAAUGGACUGGACCCAGAUCAAGGGAGACAAGCUCUUCGACCCCAUUGUUUGCAUGGACGAUAUGAUUCAGGCGGUGAAGCGCUCCAAGCCGACGGUCAACGAAGCCGAUCUUCAAAAGCAGCGUGAUUUCACAAGGGAUUUCGGCCAAGAAGGGUAG